CAUACAAGCUGUUUUGGUGACUAUUGAUAGACUCUGAGAUGGGUUCUGGGAAUUUGAUUAAGGCAAUAAUUAGAUUGAAGAAGAGUAAACAAGGAACCAUCAAGAGUGACAAGAAAAAAACUAGUGCUGUGAAACCAAAAGGUUCCAAGAAGAAGGGUACUCAUUCUUCAUCACUAGUUACUCAUAGUGAGGAUUGGGCUGCUACUCGGAUUCAAACUGCUUUUAAAGCUUAUAAGGCUAGAAAAAGCUUACGGCGUCUAAAAGGAAUUGCAAGAGCAAAGUUGUCAACUGAGAAACAUUCCGUGAAGAACCAAGCGGUGGUAACAUUGAGGUAUCUUCACUCAUGGAGUAAAAUACAGUCGGAGAUAAAGGCUCGCCGAGUUUGCAUGGUAACCGAAUGGCGACUGAAGAAUAAAAGAUUAGAGCAUCAGCAAAAGCUUGAAGCAAAGCUUCAUGAUGUUGAGGUUGAGUGGAAUGGUGGGUCAGAGACAAAAGAUGAAAUCUUGGAGAGGAUACUUCAAAGGGAAGAAGCGACGAUUAAGCGAGAAAGAGCCUUGGCAUAUGCUUUCUCUCAUCAGUGGAAAGCCGAUGGCAAGACUCAGUGGCUGGGAAGUUAUGAGUUGGGAAACACUAACUGGGGUUGGAGCUGGAAAGAGCGUUGGAUUUCUGCUAGGCCUUGGGAAGUAAGAUAUUCAGUGACUCCUAAGAAACCAAAGAGCUCAAAGACAGUUUAUUGCAACUCAAAUUCACCGGCAAAGAGAACAGUGUCAUUAUCAUCAGUUCCAGCCAAAGCUCCAUUUCCUGGAGCUAGAAACACAGUGAAACCGCGGAGAUUGUCAUUUCCGGGCGCUUGAAGUGAAGUUAACUUUUAUCUGCGUCUAAAGAGUAUACAAGUACACUUGAAGAUUUGAGGGUAUAUUUAUUUGGUCUAUGUUCUGUCUUUGGUGUGAUGUAAAUACAUGUAUUUGUUAUGUAGGCAACGACCUUGGUGAUUUUUCUGUUUGUUUAAUACAUGCUACUGUUUGUC